AUGGUGCGAGCGAGAGGAACAACGGUCGAGAGAGCGAGAAAUAUGAUUCAAAUGCUUGGAUAUUCUGGGAAAGCUUAUGCUAUUCAUCUGAUGCCAGUUCGCCACAAGGAAAGCAAGGUACAGUGCGCGCAAAAGCGAAACGAUGCGAUUAUGUCGUCGAUGGGCUUUGCUAUGCGAAUAAAUGGACGAGAUGCCGACGGAACAGUUGCUGUCGUCGCUGAUUCACGGCCAGCGACAACCGACAUCGCGACCUGUCGUCGUUCCGUAAUCGGUUCUGUGCUGUCGUAG